AUGGACAAACACAAUCUAACAGCGCUGAACGAAUUCAUUCUGAUGGGAAUCACAGACCGCCCAGAGCUGCAGGCGCCAUUGUUUGGGCUGUUCCUCAUCAUCUACAUGAUCUCAGUGGUGAGCAACUUGGGCAUCAUCAUCCUCACCAAGAUGGACUCCAGGCUACAAACACCCAUGUACUUUUUUCUCAGACAGCUGGCUAUCACUGAUCUUGGUGAUUCAACAGCCGUGGGACCAAAAAUGUUGGCAAAUUUCGUUGUAGAUGAAAAUACUAUCUCCUAUUAUUUUUGUGCUACACAGCUAGUUUUUGUUAUCAUGUUCAUAACUAGUGAAUUUUUUAUUCUGUCAGCAAUGUCCUACGACCGCUAUGUGGCCAUCUGUAACCCUUUGUGCUACACAGUCAUCACGUCACAAAGGGCGUGUUUGGUGCUUGUCGCAAUCCCCUGUCUCUACAGCACAUUUGUUUCUCUCCUGGUCACCAUAAAGAUUUUUAAUUUAUCCUUCUGUGGCCACAAUAUCAUCAGGCAUUUCUACUGUGACAGUCUCCCCUUGGUAUCUUUGCUCUGCUCAAACACACUUGAAAUCAAGUUGAUCAUUCUUGCCUUAGCAGCUUUUGAUUUGAUUUCAUCGCUCCUAAUAGUUGUUCUUUCAUACAUACUCAUAACUGCAUCCAUUCUCAGACUGAGCUCCGCUGAGGGCAGGCACAAGGCCUUCUCCACCUGUGGAUCCCACCUGACUGUGGUGGUAGUGUUCUAUGGGACUUUAAUCUUUAUGUAUCUGCAGCCCAAGUCCAGUCAUUCCUUUGACACUGAUAAAGUAGCUUCCAUAUUUUACACCCUGGUGACCUCCAUGUUGAAUCCCUUGAUCUACAGUUUGAGGAAUAAAAAUGUAAAAUAUGCCGUACAUAGGACUUUAGAACAAUUACGCAAUACAUUUUCUCAACAUUCACUAUAA